UUUUCUGGGCAGUCCACAAAGUAUGUCUUUGGGACGAAAAAGGCCUCCCAAAGUCCAGAAAGCUCUCCAGGAUGAGCAUUUUAGAUUUCAUCACUCAUGCGCAGGCUCGUGUCCUGGACCAGCAUGAGGAUCAAGCUCUCCUUAAGGCAUAUAUAACAGAGUGGAGAAAAUUUUUUCAACAGUGCAACUACCUCCCGCUGCCCUUCAACCAGCUUGAAUCGGCACUGGCUGGCAAAACCACUACUUCAGUAACCAAAAAGGUCCAGAAUGACGACUCUAUAGUUAGAAAGUUAAUGUUAGACAGUUGGAAUGCUAGUAUUUUUAGUAAUAUCAAGCAGCGAUUACAAGAUUCAGCAAUGAAACUAGUCCAUGCGGAGAGGAAUGGUGAAGCGUUUGAUUCACAGCUUGUCAUUGGUGUCCGUGAGAGUUACGUUAACCUCUGCUCCAAUUCCGUUGAUAAAUUGCAAAUUUAUAGGGAAAAUUUUGAAAAGGCUUACAUUGAAGCAACCAAAGCCUUUUACCGAAUAAAGGCCCCGCAAUACCUCGAGGCAAAUGGUGUCCAAAACUACAUGAAAUACGCAGAGAUCAAAUUAAGAGAGGAAGAGCAGCGGGGUGAAAAGUACCUGGAAUCCUUUAGUGGAUCGCUACAAAACUUGAAUGAGUGCUGUGUGGAGGUGUUAGUAACAACCUUUCGUGACACUAUUUUAGCAGAAUGUCCUCAGAUGAUCAAAAAUAAUGAAACUGAUAAAUUACAGUUGAUGUUCAAAUUAAUGGAUAGAGUACCUGAUGGAAUCCAACCAAUGUUAGAUGCGUUAGAAGAGCAUAUUGUGUCUGCUGGUCUAGCAGAUAUGGUUGCUGCUGCUGAUUCAAUAACACAGGAUUCAGAACAAUAUGUAGAAAAGCUAUUAGAUCUCUUCCAAAGAUUCAGCAGAUUGGUGUCACAAGCGUUUAGUGAGGACCCACGUUUCCUAACGGCCAGAGAUAAAGCCUACAAACAAGUUGUUAAUGAUACUCAAGUCUUCAAGUUAGAGUUGCCUAGUAAAACAAAAGGAAUAGGUAAUAAGACACAACCUGAAUCCAAAUGCCCCGAACUUCUUGCCAAUUACUGCGACAUGCUUCUUAGAAAAACACCACUUAGCAAAAAGCUUACUGCAGAUGAAAUUGAAAGUAAAUUAAAAGAUGUGUUGCUGGUGCUAAAGUAUGUUAGCAACAAAGAUGUGUUUAUGAGGUACCACAAGGCUCACCUCACCCGCCGCCUUAUACUCGAUACCUCAGCGGACUCUGAGAAAGAAGAAAAUAUGGUUGAAUGGUUGAGAGAAGUUGGCAUGCCAGCUGAUUUUGUCAAUAAACUGGCACGUAUGUUUCAAGAUAUCAAGGUAUCAGAGGACCUCAAUCAACAAUUUAAGGAGUCCAUUCGCACCACCACAAAGUCAAGUGUAGCAGAUAACCUUAACAUAAAGAUAUUGAAUGCUGGGGCUUGGGCGAGAGGGAGUGACAGAGUGGCUGUCAGUCUACCCAUGGAAUUAGAAGAUUUCAUUCCAGAAGUUGAAGACUUUUAUCGGAAAAAACAUUCUGGUCGAAAGCUCCAAUGGCAUCACCACAUGUCAAAUGGCACAAUAACAUUCGCCAACAAUAUGGGUAGAUUUGACUUAGAUGUAACGACGUUCCAGAUGGCAGUUAUGUUUGCUUGGAAUCAACGAACAAAUGACAAAAUUAGCUUUGAUAAUCUACGCUUAGCAACAGAACUUCCAGAUCCUGAGUUGAGACGGACUUUAUGGUCCUUAGUAGCAUUUCCAAAGAUGAAGAGACAAGUUUUAUGUAUGUCUGGAGAAGUUACGUCGCCGAAGGAUUUCACAGAGAACACAGUUUUCUGGGUCAACCAGGAAUUUGCACCGAUUAAGAAUGGAAAACCUCAAAAACGGGGUAAAGUGAACCUGAUUGGGAGACUACAGCUAAGUACAGAAAAAAGCAAAGAAGAGGAUAAUGAGGGCAUCGUACAGUUAAGAAUUCUUCGCACUCAGGAAGCCAUUGUGAAGAUUUUGAAAAUGCGUAAGAAGAUCUCAAAUGCGCAACUACAAACCGAGUUGGUGGAGAUGUUGAAGAACAUGUUCCUUCCAAGCAAGAAGCUCAUCAAAGAACAAUUAGAGUGGUUAAUUGAACAUAAGUACAUGAGACGAGACGAUGACAACAUUAAUAUAUUUAUUUACAUGGCUUAGCCAGUGAAAAUCAUAUUUCAACAGUGGAGGAACAUUAGUUUAUACUGUGUCCCAACUCCAGUGUUGUUGUUGUUGUUUACAACAUGAACAUGGCCCAUGUGAUUUCAGAGAAGGAUUUAGAAGAUGCUCAUAUCUUUUACAGCAUAUAAUGAGUUGAUGAUCAGGUUAAUGGACUUCUUGCCUGCUCUUAACAGAAAUUGGUGUGGUUCAGAUCGGUGCGCGUCUUGUGUCUUAUUGGAGGUCAGUGGAAAGAAUAGUUUCAAGUGAAGAAGUUGAUGCAACAUUGUAUUGAACAGUGUCACAUACAAAGACAAAAUUUAAUUUUAAAAUUCUGUUACUCUAAUUUCAAAAAUUAUAAAUAAUUUAUCAACAUCAUAGAUUGCACAGUUUUAUGUACCGGUAUUAAAUUUUUGUUUAUAUUGUCUUAGUUAAUUUGAGACUUACUGUUGAGAUCAAGUGACUGAAGUUUUAAUAUUUAUAUUUGUGGAGUGAGUCUAAUAGCAGUCAUGUUCAUGAAAAUUACUUUGUUUAUUACAGAUAAAAUCUGGUAGAGACUAAUUUGUUCAUAUAUUUUAUUCUAAUAUUCAUUCAUAAUUUUUAUACUGCCUAUGCAAUUAUGUGGUACUACAUUGUGGAGUUAUGAAUUUUAAAGUCGCUGUUGGUAUUUUAGUGAAUAUUCAGUAUGAAAGGUGAUUUCCAAUUAAGUCUCCAGUUAAAAUGAUGUUGCAUCUGCAUUGGGUUGAGACAGAAUAAUUCAGGUGAGCUAUGCAAAUGAGAUGUCGACACGAAAGACCAGAUGGUUUAACACCAUUGUGUUGAAGGAGAAAAGUCGUUAGUCUGUGAAAAGGAAGUGUCAAAAGAGAAAUGCCAUAGAAAAAACAAGUAGCCUUUUGUCAAAGACUUGAGAAAAAACUUUAACCCUGUUGGGUAUUUUUCUUUUUUAUGAUGUAUAAUCUAUGAUGCCUGUGUAAAUAGUAGGGAAGAUAUAUAAAGUCUCCUUUAGCUGUGCAAUGCGUAAGUGUGUGGACAGGAUGGGAGUGCAUUAGAUUUAUGUGAUCACUUCUGGUUAUACUGUAUUUUUAUCUUAGUUUAUCUCUAAUAACUGUUUAGUAGAAUAUUGAUAUUGAAGUAGACAGGGACAAUUAUGUAUUAUACAAAAAGAUGUUAUGUGAUUUCAGUUUUGUAGUUACAAAGCCUUUACUUGCUGAAAACCACUUCUAAAACUAUUGGAAUCAUUAAUAGAAUGUUAAUGAUAGUAUUUGGUUGUAAGUUUCAUAUCUUAUUUAUUUGAUGGUAUGCUUUUUAAGUUUUGCCUUAAUUUUGACAGUAUAUGCAGUUAUUAAGUAGUGUCUAGACAGCUUUGUUUUUGUAGAGAAAAAGGUUUGAAGUAUCAGGAUCUGAAUUACAUUGCAGAAGCAGCUUUGAGAAUUAGUAAUAAUGUACCUUGUUGCAGGAGGCACUGUAAUGUAAGAAAAAUUAUUAGUUGACAUGAGAGCAAAAGUAUCAUUGCAAAAACAUGGGAUCAUUUCUUAAAAAGAGGAAAUUGAUGUCAUACAGGGUUGUGGUUUGGUAAAGGAGUCAGUACUUUCUAAGUAGUACAGUUGUCCAUUAUUUGCAGUAAAUUGGUUCUGGCUCCUAGUGUGUAUUUGUGAAAUCAUAUCAUGUGAGGACCCAUUCAAUUUACAGUCUUAUUAAAGGAGGUACAAGGAGUCAUGACACCACUUUUUUUCAUUAAUAGGAGAGAGAUAUUAUUUCCUGCUAAAUUUUAAGAAAUAAAGUAAGUUUCAGGUAUGCACACAAAGACAACAAAAAUAGUUACAAAAUAGAAUAAUUUGUUGCAUGUAUAUAACUAAGAAAGUUAAAGCCAAUUCUCGCACUUGAUGAUUUUGGCACACUGUGAAUCCUUACUGCCUACGCAUACAGUGCAAUACUUCUUUCUCUGUUGUACAAAAACAUGCAUUACAUAUAUUUUAUAUAUGGUAUGUAUAGUGUAUAUUAUAGUACAUGUACUAUACAGUAAUAAUAUUCAUCAUUACAGACAGUAACAAUAAUGGUUCUUAUGAUGAAAAUUUACAAUGAUGGUUAUGCAUACAUGAUGAGGCAAAGUGCAGUGACUGAUGUAGGUGUUGUGUAGGAAAUAGGAAAAUAUAUACUGAUGGUUCAUCAGAAGGUUCAUCUGGUGAGCUUGGAAAACCCACUGCUGAAGAACUUUUUACUCGAGAUUCUGAUGUCCGGGAUGUCAUAAGGGGCAGGUAAAGUUGAUGGAUUUUUUGUUGAUACAGGUUUCUUUUUGGUGAAACUGUGCUAGAAAGUUGCUUUCUUUUAAUUUUCUACAUCACCAUAAAUUGUUACAGAGUUGGAGUACCAUAAAUCACUGAUGAUUUUACAGGUGACUUAUGCUUUUCAUUAAAAUACUAGUAUAUACCUCAUAAUACUGUCCUUAGGAGUUUGUGCAGUAUGAAACAUUUAUGAAAAUUUUAUGUCCAGUUGGCAUUUUCUGUUUCUUAAUUGCCAUCAAUGACUCAAGUUUUGUUAAAUUUCCUUUACAGCCAUCAGUGUGUUCUCCCACUUCCUCAACUAUCAUAUUGACAAAUGAACUUUUGAUAUCUGAAUAAUAUUUUCCAUUAAUCCCUUGAAAGCUCAUAAAGGAUUUUAACAUGCAUCAACUACUUUUGGUUUUCAGGUUUUCCAUUACAUUUUUCAUUAUAAGUUUUAUUGCACUGCAUUAAUGAACAAUUUAUAGUAUUCCAUUAUAUCAGGGUCAUAGUGUGUAUCAGUGGCCUCUUGUGAUGUAGCCAGACACCAGAUAGGAGUCGAGCGCCUCAGUGGCGUGAUCGGUAUGGUCUUGGCCUGCCACCUCGGUGGCCACGAGUUCGAUUCUCGGUCAUUCCACUGAGGAGUUAAGAGAUGUGUAUUUCUAGUGAUAGUUCACUCUCGACGUGGUUUGGAUAUCAUAUAAAGCCGUUGGUCCUGUUGCUGAAUAACCACUGGUUCCUUGCAACAUAAAAACACCAUACAAACAAACCAGAUAGGAAUCCAUGGCUUUGACCCACUGGAUUAUACCUUUAUCAAGCAGUGACAGUAAUGAAGUAAUGUUGGAAAACAAAAGCACAUCUAUUUAUAUGUAUAUAAGGCAGAGGCAGGGACAGGCACAUUGUCUGUUGAAAGCAGGACCCUGGUUUUCAAUCCUUUUUCCAUCUAGUAUUUCUUUACUUUAGAUAGAAAACAUUGGCAAAACCAUUUUUUAAAAAUAAAAAUGGUGGUAACCCAGAUUUUAUUAUUGUGUUGCCAGAGCAUGGUAGGUGGAUCUUUCCUUGGUUGAUUGGGGUAGAUGGCCCUAUAGAUGACACCAGGUUAAUCAUAUAACUUGGAAUAGUGCCACACAAUAUCAGUGUCCUUUUCUUAAUCCCCAUAGCUUGUUUUAAACUUUUGAGGAUGAGUUUGAUUUGGUAGCCAUUCUACUAAACAGUUUUAAUACUGUAUACACUUUUUUCUAGAAGGUAACUUUAGUCUUGUCAACUUCUCCAUUCUGCCAGGUUCUGGCAGUGUCAUUUUUGGCACACAUGUUCUCCAGGAAUUUUAAAAUUUAGAGCUCAUUUAUAUUUUGGAGCUAGUGAAGCCAUCCAUUACUAUAAAUGAUUUUAUGUUCCUUGGUCACCCCACAUGAUUUUCUUUACAUAGAUGUGAAGCUUUCUGAUGCAUCACAUAAUUGUCUAGUAGACUGAAUUUUUUGUUCUCUCUUCUAACCACAAAACAUUGUUUAGCUGUUGAAGGGGAUGAGUACGUAUGUUUAUGUUCAUGCCUUGAGCCACAAAAAACCCUUCUUGUCUUCACUAAACACUUUACUACUGAUAUUACAAAGCUCAUAAAGAGGGCAGAAGCAAAAGUAGCAUGAAGUUUUUCUUAUUUUACAAUUUCCCUUGUUUCACAUUUUUGUGAUAUUGUUCAUCCCUUCGUAGUGUAAAUCCAGAAUUUUGAUUUUAUGACUUAAUGAUUUCACAGGCAAUUUUUUGAUCAUCAGAAAACCAAGGAUUUUGAUGGAUGCUAUUGGUAUUUUAGUUGGAAUAAUUUUAACAAUUUCAAUAUUGUUCAUCAUAGUGAUGGAUAGAAAAGGCAUUGUUCAACAUAAAAAUAUAAAUUAUUAACUAGAGCAGGAACACUUAUUGUUAGGUUAUACAAACCCAUGUAUUCUUACAUCCCUAGGAAAUGUUUAAAUUAUUUUGUCCUUGUUUCUAUUGAUUUUGUUGGAUAAGUAGUAUUCAUUCAUUCAUAGCAUCGUUUCCAAAAACAGUAAUUUAAAAGCAAAAAUUGGAAUGAAAAUUGCUUGUUUACUACUGAUCGAGAUGCUGCAUAAACUUUUGCACUGCUGGCAAGAAGCCCAAGAUUUCCAGAAAUUAAUGUAUAGUGUACAGUAUAUCUUGAAUUACUUAGAAGUGGUAAUUUGAAAAUAUUUGUAUGGCAUCACCUGUAGACUGGUUUAUCAAGGGAUACAGAUUUACCUGUGUCAUUGAAUCCAAGGGAAAUUUUACUGUACAUAGUUACUGGUCCUCUUUAAAUAGUUACAGAUGUGCUUAAUAAAAUAAAAAUUAAGUUGGAGAAAGGUUAAGAUGGUUUUCGCACAGCCUUGAACUAGGGACACCCAAUGUCCUCUGGUUUUGUCAUAUAUGCAGUAGUACCAAGAAAAUUUUAAGUUCACUCCAUCAUUGAAGUUAUGUCAAAUGGUAAUAUGGUGUUGAAAACAUUUAUUCCAUAAAGGAAAUCAGCAAUGAGAUGUAUUGACAUUGCACUGAAAAUUGUCGUUUGUACCAUGGACAUAUUGUAUAUGUAGUAAUCUGGAAACUAAAAUGAAGUUCAAAAUUACAAUCAACAAAGUGAUAGUGUUCUUUCAGAAAGUGGAAAUGAAAUUUUGGUAUGCACCACACAUACCUGAGCAUCAUGUGUCCCUUAUGUUUAAUGCAGGAAUUUAAAAAUACAAUCCAAUAGUGAAGUUUAAACUUUGUCCAUUACAAGUUGGAAAACAUGCCAUCCUGAUUAAUUUUAUUUCAAUUUUAUUAGAAGUUAUGACUUGAUUACAGAAACUUUUCAGCAAGUGCCUGAACAUUGUCUUAAAUUUAUUACACGGAAAUAUAUAUUGAAGAAAGUAUUCAAUACUAUUAUACUAGUCUAGCCAUUACAACCUUUCUAUCCCUCUUACAUAACUUAGGAUUAUUAAUGUUAAUAUGCGACACUUAGCACAUUGCUCACGUACUUAAAUUGUUCAUUAUAUUUAUUACCUAGGUAGAUUAUAUAUGUGGUCAAGGUUUAUGAAGAUCCUGGUUAUUGUCAACAGAUGAUUUUUUUUUUUUCAAAAGAGUAAUUUUAUUUUCUCCAUUGUACAGUUAUUUAUUUUUCAGGAUGAUUUUUAUCAUUGUAUAAAAAAAACUAAUUUCCAGUGAAAGUUGUGUUUCAGUGCUCUGUGGUUUUUGGAAAUUCAGGCCCAGGCUGAGAUGUUUUCAGAAUGUUAGUACUAUUGAGAUCAGUUUGAUAUAACAUAACUUGUGACAGUUAAGUACCUGUGUCAGCGUGGCUCAAUAUGUAAUUAACUGAGAUGAGCUUAAGAGUAUUUUUUCUUAAUUGGAUACAAACCAGUGACUCUUAAUUGGAGAAUAUCUCUGUGUAACUGAAUGGUGGAAUUAACGUAGUUUAGAGGUUAGUCAUUUGUGGCGCUAGUGGAUGGUGUGGGUAGAAGAUAAGAUGCCCAUAAGAAACCCAGGCAGUUGAUCAUUUAUUCAUUUGACCUUUCAGCUUCACAUGAAAGAGAGUCUCCAAUUAAAAGUCUUUGGUUUGUUUUCCUAGGAAAAAUACAAAGUAAUAAUAAAAUUUGUUAGUUUUGCAUGAUUUUAAUAUAAAAUGUUUACCUACAAUAUAUUUAACCUAGCUUUUAUCAUUAAAAUUACUUUUAAAACUUUGUUCACCUACAGACUAAAUGCAGAUCAAAUAGAUAUUCUGAAAAAUAAACUACAGAGUUAUUUUGUUAAUAUGAAAAGGAUCUUAAUGUAGUAUUAAAGUAAUUAGCAAUUAGAAAAAACUAUAGUUACAUUUCCAUCCCAGUUCAUACAUUCAUUUUGUCAGCAUAUUUGGGCUGUGCAAUAAAGUGAAAAUAUCUAUUAGUAAAAAUACUUUAAUUAUUGUAAUUUUGAGAUUAUGAGUAUCAGAACAUUGGAGAGAAAGUUCAUUAUGUGUAGCUGUAUUUAUAGGUCUUAACUUAGAAAUAGGCAUGAGCACUAAAUGAUUUGUGUUGCUUCCAUUUUAAAUUUGGCCAGAAUGUUUCCCAGCAAACAAAUUCCCCAUGAAAACUGCAGGAGGGUUAAAUUAGGAAUUAAAUGUUUAUGUUGUAUCAUCUGAUGAGUUAGGGAUAUCAUGUGAAAAAUUUUUACAAUAAGGGAUUAUAUAGUUGGACCAUAUUUGUUAUUUGUAAAAGGGAAUAAUAGAACUAUCAUGUUCAUACCAUUUACUUGAUAUGUUGUGUAACUAACAUUAUGUUAAAAUUUCUGUUAUUUCAGGCUUAUGAAUGAAAUAUAUCCUUCAUACUCGGUUAAUUCAUGAUCUGCAAGCUCCCACCCCUUAUUCAGUUCAUCAGUUGUAAAAGUGUACAGUUCUGUAACUUAGUGCGUUUUGCAGGACUAGCAGACAUUUAAUCUACUGCAAAUGCUUUAUUUUUGUCCAGUUAAAAUAUCUAAGUCAUUUUGUAUUUUAAACAAUGUAGAUGCCCCUCCAUUAAGUACUCAGGUUUAAAUAAGGGUUUACUGACCCCCCCCCCACAAAAAAAAAAAAAAAAAAAAAAAAAAUUAAUCCUUGCAGCCAGAUCAUGUUUUUUGUUUCUUUUUUUUAUGGAAAAGUCAGUGACUAACAUUUGGAUCUUAAUCAUACCUCCUUUAAUUUUAUUUUAUUUAUUUAUUUAUUUAGUAACUUGAAUUUUUAUAUAUUGAAUUUUACAAUAUGUAUAGUAGUUUUGACUGAAAACACUGAGGUUCUUUAAAUUUUGAUCACACAGAAUGUACUUUUUAUGGCAUAGUGGUAGUUAUCUCUUUCUCUCUCUCUCUGAUCAGAAUUGGUCAUACAGUAUCUAAUGCACAUCACUAGAAAACCUGGAGAGUGCUCUUGCGUAAUGUCACAUUGUAUAUAUUACUUUACUAACAUGAAAAACCAGCUGUCCAAAAGGCAAAAUGUCGUGGAUCACAGUAGUUUUUAUCUCUGCUGUGUGACAGGCAGGAUGGGGUUAGUUUUAAUUCAUGAUGCAUAUAUCUUUUCUGAGGUUAUAUUUUGUUAAUUUUCCUCUGACAGCUUAUUUACAUUCACUUUGGGAGCCUUGAUAUGAAAUGUAACAUAAGCAAUGCAGUUUGGUGGCUGCUUAUCUUUACCUCAUUUUUGCCAUCAUCUGUUUGUUUCAGCAAAGAUCUAUGCUAUUCAGUACUUGUUAAGUACAGUAUUUUUAUUAAUAGUAGUAGGUAAAUUUUUUUUCAUUCUUACAUUUUUGAAGGUUCUGUAUAUCUUAUCCUUUUUUCUGUAAUAGGUUUGUUAAUAUGCACUUUUAAAAAAUGGCUAUUCAAAAUUUGCUCUACUUGAACUUAAUGCAUAUAGCAGCUUUACUUUCAAUGUUAACUUCAGAAAAAGUCUUCUAUAACCAAACUUUCUUUCCAGUCUGUGAUAGAUUAUACUUUUGACUUCUGGCAAGUCAAAAAAUAAAAUCUUGUUUGACAAUAGCUUCUAUUUUAUUACCCACUUUGAACAGUUACCAUGAAACAGUAAUGUGGUCAUGCUAAAAUAAGUCUUUUAACUUGAGCAGACAUUUCUCUUUCAUUGUUGUAAGACUUUGUGAAAGGUCUUCUCUUGUAGUGAUGUGAACAACUUGGCUGUCUAACUCUAGUGUAUUGAUUCAUGAGGCAAUUGUUUAAGUCUGUAUAUUGACAGGUUUCCUGAUAUUAUUGGUAGUUACACUUCCGAUUACUCAGAAGGUAAUGUCAUAGUAUAUGUAGCAAAUGAGAACAUGGUCAUCAAAAACAAAAAUUUUUUUUUAUUACUCAGAAGGUAAUGUCAUAGUAUAUGUAGCAAAUGAGAACAUGGUUAUCAUUUUUUUUUUUAUUAAUAUAUAAGAAUCUUAAUAUUUUAACUCAAAUCUGAGUUUUCAUAGAUAUAUGUAUCCAAGAACAGUUGUGUGAAUGCUUAUUGGGUAUGCAGUCUUUGUUUGAAGCAAUUUUUUUCAUUUUUUUAAAAAAGGAUUUUCAAACAUUUUCAAUAAUGCCUGCAUUUUUUCAUCAAGGAUAUUGUUAAUUUUCAUGUGGCCUCAUACAUAUAGACAAAGGAUUCUUAAUAUUUUGAGGUAUAACCAGUUAUGCAUAGCAUGUUGCAAAAAACCUUUCCUCUUACAAAGACUUGCAGCACAUGUACUCAACACAACCGUCUUACUGUGUAAAUUAUGGAAUAUUGCUAACUUCUGGGUUUAAAAGGUCAAAGAUAAACAGCAUAAACCAGAAAUAGGAAAAUUCCAAAAUACAUAUGGCUUUUAUGCUUUGUUUUUUGUUUCAAGAUUUGCUGUUUGAAUUAAUAGAAAAACUACUCUUGUCUUAGAACAGUGCCCCAUGAUGCAUCGCUACGUGGAAAGCAUGGCUAUUGGCAGAAGGGAAGACUUACUCUAUACCAACUAGGCCAAUAACCUCUGGAUAUAUUAUUGCAAAAUUUAACAUAAAAUGACAUUGCUAUGGGACACAUGCAUAAUUUCCUAGACCUCAUAUUUGUAUUUAGGUUGGCAGGGAGUAUGUUUAUCUUUUUAUAUUCGAGGAAACCUGUAUCUUCCAACUGUAAAACACUGAACCCCCUUGUCUCAUUUACAUGUAGUGGGUUUUACUGGCAAUUACUUUACAGUUAUUUUUGACCAUCCUCAAUCUUGACAGAGGCUACUUAACUGGAUUUUCUGUAAGGUUGAAAUAUUACAUAUUGAACGUUAUCAGCUCUUUGGGAUUAGGAGUGCUUGUCCCUUUGGCACCACCAAUAUGCAGUACUUAAGAUUCUUUUCUUUGUCCUUUUUGGGCCAAGCCUAUUAUUUUUGUUGUUGCUCUCUUCAUUUUAAUAUUCUUUCUUCCAACUUAGCUGUCAAACUGAACAUCCUUUGGAUUAACCUAGUGAGAGCUAAGUCUGCAACUCUGUAGUCUGGUUAUUAUUAUUUACUUUAAAGGAUAAUCUCUUCUCCAUUCUCUGCAGAAAACUUCCUCACAUGUAACUGCUUUCCUCAGUGCACUCGGCUGUGAAUCUUUGUUUUAUAUAGUCAAACUUCAAGGUUUUCAUUCUUUUUGUGAAUGACCAUCCCAUAUCUCCACUGCUUACAGGAGUACAAGUGCCACAGAUUGUUGCUUUAUUAAGUGGAUUAUCUUAUUUACCAGUAAUCCAACAUCCACCCUGUUGCUCAUAUUGCUUUUUACCAGCUUGAUAAUCCAGUGUCUCUUAAGAUAUCAGGAAUGUUCUGUUUCCUUUUCACAACUUACAUUUUGGGCAAGUAAAUUCCCAUACUCAAUUUGUAUUUUUGUCUCCUGUGAAUCAAUCUGUUGAAUUCAGUACAUAGUAUUUCAUUCUCUCCAACACCUCUAUAACAUCCAAAGGCCACUUUCCCAACUGAACUUUCCUUCUUCCUUUCUAGGUCCAGUAGGCUUUAUUUUAUUUUUGAUAAUUUCCAGUUCUCACUUUCCCAUUUACCUCUUCAUAAAAUUAAGCACUUCAAAGGACUUGCUGAUUAUCCCUGAUAAACACCAGCACUUUUCUCAAUUUCUUCUGAUAUAUACCAACCACAGUCUAGUCUGUUAUAUGGUGUUAUCAUAAAUCUUAACAUGUGAUCAUAGUAGGCAUUGCUUGUCAUCACAUUUGAUGGGUCUUUUCAAGAUGAAAAAAAUAUGCUUUAAGAAGUAUUUAUAUUAACACAAAGUGAGAAAGCAUUCCAACAUAUUCCUCAAGAGAAGCAUACAAGAUUUUCUUUGGAUUCAAAUUGGGUAUCAGUGUUGUAUAUGAGAAUAAGGUGGCAUGUGGUAUUGAAGUUAAUGAAGGGUGGAAGGGUAAGUAAACUGAUAAAUGGAAUGGGAGUUACUUUACAAUGUGUCCCUCCAGUACACUACAAUAAACCUGUCCACAACACUUCUUGUGUCAACUGUAAUGCAUUGUGACUGCUCUCCCCAUCUUGUUGUAUGCUGUGAUGUUAUUUUAAAUAAACAAUUAUUAAUACAA